AUGUCCACCCCCAAGGGCGUCAUCUACUCCAUCGCGGAGCGCACGGGCAAGCUGGUGGACCUGACAUACAGCUCCCUGGUGCACCAGUUGGGCCUCACCCCCCCUUUCUUCAAGGAGGGCCUGGGGCAGCUGGACGUGGUGGACUUCCACAACGACCUGGUGACCCUGAGAGACUGGCUCCCAACGGCCCUGGACGACCCGGACCGGCGCCUGGACUGGGUGCAGACCGACGCUGGGCGCGUGGGGUCCAGGCAGUACCGCGUGUACCGCGCGUCCUUCGAGAGCCCCGUGGCCCGCGACUCGCGCGCCGCGCACGCGCUCCCCGCCGAGAGCCGAACUGCGCACGCGCUGUGGAUCGCGCCGGACCCGCUGCCGGGCCAGGCGCCGGGGCCCUGCACGCUGCAGCUGGCGGCCACGGGGGACCACGGCUUUGCCCGACGCACCCGCCUGGGCUUGCCCCUGGUGGAGAAGGGCAUCGGCACCAUCGCGCUGGAGUCACCGUACUAUGGCCUGCGCAAGCCGGCGCAGCAGCGCGGCGCCAAGCUGGCCCGCGUCUCCGACCUCCUGCUCCUGGGCCGCGCCACGAUCGAAGAGGGCGCGCUGCUCCUGGACUGGCUGCGCCGGCAGGGCCACGGCCGCCUGGGCGUGGGCGGGCUGUCCAUGGGUGGCGUGCACGCCAGCAUGGGCCGGGGCCCGGAGGUGCGCGAGCAGCUGGCGCGCGCGGGGCGAGCCACCGACGCGCUGCGUGCCGCGCGCUACCUCCUGGACGAGACGGACGGCGAGACUGCGCGGACAGGGGUGCCAGCCGGCACCGCGCCCGGCCGCGCGGCAGAGGCGCGGGGGAGCGAGGCGACAGGGACCCCGGGGACCGAGGUGCCGAGCCCUCCCGGAACCGCAGACGGCGGGGUCUGGGCCGGGGUGGGCGGGCUGGCAGAGCGGCUGCUCAAAUGGGUGGCCAUGCUGGAGAGGAGGGAGGAGCAUGCGGCCGCCGUGGCCCUCCUUGCGCAGGUGCUGGAGGCCUUCACCGACGUGUCGCGCUUCCCCAGGCGAGCAGGGAAGGGUGGAGAGGCUGCAAUUGUGGUGGGGGCGACGGAGGACGCGUAUGUCUGCCGCGAGGCGGUGCUGGACCUGCACCACUUCCUGGAGGGGAGCGAGGUGCGCUGGGUGCCGGGGGGCCACGUCUCCUCCUUCCUCCUGCACCAGGAGGCCUUCCGCUCGGCCAUAGCAGACUCCCUGGCGCGCCUGCCGGCGUGA